AUGGAUUGGGAAUUGCCUCAAGAUCUAAGCUCAGUAUCGAUGAAUAACAUCCCAUCUCCUCUUGCAAGCUACGAGCAAGUGGUGGCUGAUAAGAAACUCUUCAUGUCUACAUUGGAGAAGCUACACUCUGAAAUGGGAAAAAAAUUAAGGAUUCCGAAAGUAAAAUUUAGGGAUUUGGACUUGCAUAAGCUUUUUGUCGAGGUAACUUUUCGUGGUGGAAUCGAACAGGUAAUUAGAGAGAAUCAAUGGAAUGAUGUUUUUGCUUCGUUUAACUUCCCCCGAGCAAAGCAAAACUUAAUCUACAGCCAGCGCUUGCGCUCACACUACUACUCGCUACUUCAUGAUUACGAGAUCAUCUAUUUCUUCAUAGCUCGCAGCCAGUUUCCUCCAUCUCCAUCUUUGAAAAAGAUCAUCUCUGUUUCAGUGAUCGGACUCGUCUAUGGGAAAAUUAAGAGCGGUUAUCUUGUUACUUUCACAAUGGGAUCAUGGAAGCUGGAAGGAGUUCUGUAUGAAUCUACAGAAGAGAGACUUACUCAAGAGACAGAGAGACAGAGUUAUGUCUAA